CUGACACCCUUCCGUAGAAUCAACAUCGUGAAACGUAAAUAAUCAAAAUAGCGGUAUCUGUCUUCCUUGCGGUUCGCGUAGAAACUUUUUGACGAAAAUAAAAUUAUAAUUAUCUCUUUCUUGCUUCUCGUGUUGUGCUGUGGGGUUUCGCAUACCCGAUUUUCUGGAAAUCUGUGGUUUGUUCAAGUGUGCUAAAGUUAUAUUCCUGAUUGGUUGAUCACAGUAGAUACAGAGGGAACACGAUGACCAGCGGAGGCAAGAAAUUAUCUAUGAGCAAGCAGAACGAACUGAACACGCUUGUGGAUUCCUUGAUGAAGCUCAGUUUUCUCAAAACUACGACCAUCAACGAACAGUUCAAACAGUACCAGGAUAUGCACGCGAUAUUGGAACGCAUUCGGAAGGUCGAAUCGGAGCUGAAACUGAAAACCAACAACGGAAAACCUCGACAGACCAAUAUUGAAGCGUUCUGCCGGUGGGCCAAAGAGCACGGUUGCCAGUUCGAGGGACUAAAAAUUUCGGAAUUUUCCGGGUUUGAGUUGGGUCUGGAAGCGACCAAAGACUUUCAGGCCGGCGAACUGUUCAUCACCGUGCCGAAGGAGCUGAUCUUUUCCGUCACGGCGGACAACAAAAUUCCGGAAAUAAUGAAGGACAUACCGGUGAUGAUGGAGCAGAAUCUGUCGAAUCUGAUGUUGGCGUUGAUGCUGAUUGUGGAACGUUUCCAGUCGAACAGUGCAUGGAAACCGUACCUGGAUGUGCUGCCUGAACGCUACUCGACGGUGCUGUACUUCAGUCCGGCCGAUAUGGGCGAACUGAAGGGAACCAGUGCCUUCGAAUCGGCGUUGAAACAAUGCAAGAACAUUGCUCGGCAGUAUGGGUUCAUCAAGAAGUUUAUUCAGCCGAAAACAGCUCUGCUGAAGGAAAAUUUCACCUACGAUUUGUACUGUUGGGCCGCAUCGACGGUAAUGACCCGACAAAAUUUAAUACCGGUCAACCUGGCCGGCACCGAAUCCGGAACGAAUGGGGCUGGCGAUGCGGCAAGUUCUAGCACUGAAGAUGGCUCCAGAUCCAAUCCGGUGUUGAUACCAUUCUGGGACAUGGCCAAUCAUAUGCAUGGGGAAAUUACAACCGGAUACAACGAACAGCUGGAGAGAGUGGAGAGUGUUGCGCUGAAAGACUUCCGGAAGGGGGAACAGAUAUUCAUCUACUAUGGCGACAGAAGCAAUGCGAAUUUUCUCGUUCACAACGGCUUCGUUUAUUCCGAUAACGGAAACAGUAACGUUUCAAUGCAGCUAGGCCUGAACGCAGCAGAUGAACUGUUCGAGCAACGUAAGCAGCUACUUGAGAAGUUAAACCUGUCGACAGCAGGAGAUUACAGUAUUUGUCGCGGCACAAAUUGCAUUUCAUCGGAACUGCUGGGGUUCGCACGGGUUUUCAAUAUGACCAAAGAACAACUGACGCACUGGAUUGGUCAGGACGAAACAAUAACCAAAAAACUGCUCGAUCCAGGCCAAGCGCUGGAAGACGAAGCACUCGAACAAAAGGUAUGGAAGUUCCUAUCAAUCAGACUGCAGAUGAUGCUACGUAUGAGCGGUACCACACUGGAGCAGGAUGAAGCUCUGCUGGCUAGUCAAGGACAGAAGGGUGCCCCGAAGCUAGGGCAUAUUCGAUCGAUGCUAGUUCAGUACCGGGUGGUGGAGAAAUCCAUCGUUACCGAAACAAUCGAAUACUGCAAGCGGAAAGAGUCUGCUCAGCAGGUGGCUUAAGUUUCUUGUCGCACAUUUUUAAAUUCAAAAUUCAACCAAUUCGAACGCACUACUCGUAUUUUUCUUUUCAUCCGUAAUGCUAGGCCAGUAACGAAGUGCCGGGAUUCUUAAAACUUUUAUCAACUAACACUUUCGCGUGAUUCGGUUUUCAAAGAAUUAUACUUCACCGUUAACA